UAUAACUACGAUGACGGACGCCGACGCGUCCUGUGGACACGUCAUUAUUUAUGCGCAUACGAUCGGUGAACGCGUUCACUCGUCGUUGUCGUCCACGCGCAUUGCGGACAUCAUGAUGAACGUCGCCCGCGCCGUCUAUAGAGCCAUCGCCCUGCUAACCACGUCCGCGGCCGUCGGCCGUCUACUUCCGGCCACCGACCUCUCGCCGGCGGCGUACAAUCAAAACACGCCGACAGUGAUCGAAGUGUGCCGGAUGACCGCCGUCGACUUGGCCCAGCAGCCGUUCGCGAUGUCCGUGGUCGCGUUGGGUGCGACGCCCGCCGGGUUCCUGAGAACGGUACACGACCUGAUUGGCAUGGCCGUAUUGAUGCACACGCCAGCGACGGAUCACGGCCCGGACGUGACACGCGCCAAUAGUGGUAGCCGGGCGGUGUUGGUGAUCGUCGACGACGACAGCGACGACGACAUCGAAUCAGUGGACGCCGUGCUCGGUCUGUUCGUCAACGGCACGGUAGCAGUCGCGUUGGACCAACUGUCGCACUACGUAAUUUGGCUGACCCGGCCGGGCGCGGUCAACCACCCGACGGUCGGGGCACUGUUCCGGGCCGCCUGGCGACGGCGAUCCGCUGGCAAUGUAGUGGUCAUAGGGUCCGAGGCCACGUACACGUACAACCCGUUCCGGGACGCGGUCACUGAGUGGCCGGUGGACACGGCUGGGCUGCGCGCGGUCGCCCGGCAGAGGAUGACCGACCUGAACGGUCAUCCGGUUCGCAUAUGCAUGUUCCCCACCCGGCUCAAAGCGGUCAAGCAGCCGGAUGGCUCGUACAAGGGAAUGGAUGGAAUCGUUGCGGCCACGCUGGCCAAGCACAUGAACUUCACGCCCAUCUACAGCGAGCCCAGCGACGGCGGCAAGUACGGCUGGGCCGAAGCCAACUCCGAGUCCGUCGGCUCCGAAUCCAAUUCCGCGGUCACCGCCGAUAACGGUACAGACUCAAAUUACACGUACACAGGCCUGUUGGGCGAUCUGGUGCACAACAAAGUAGACAUGGCGUUCAACGGAGUCUUUCUCGAUGCAUACGAAUCCAACAACACGAUCCAAUACACGACACCGGUGAUGUUCGAUGAGCUGUGUUUCGUCGUGCCCAAGGCGCAACAAAUGAGUCAAUGGCGUGCUAUAUUUACGGCGUUCGACGUGCGACUUUGGUACUGUCUGGCCGGCUCGUUUAUCGUGGCUCUGGGUGCAUGGACCCUAAUACGGCGCACAACAAACAAACCGUACACUCUCACCCUUCUGUCCAUAAACUUGUUCAGAGUUUUCUUGAUGGUACCCCUGAAUCGAGUGCCGAGCAACGUAUCCGAACGGUUAAUGGUCGUUUCCACCGUCCUGUUCGGGUUCAUCAUGGCCACCAGUCUGCAAGCGGUCAUGGUCAAGUACCUGAGCUAUCCGAAAUACGAACGGGACGUGGCCACCGUGCAAGAACUCUACGACACCGGCAUGCCGGUGCUUUCGGCUUCCAAUAAUCUGAUAUUGCUAUUCGAGUCCGACGAAAGACCGCUGUACACGAAGAUGUCAGAUCGAUUUUCAAUUGUCAACAACAAGUCCUUAGACAUACUCGGUGAAGUGGCGAGUAAACGGACUUCGGCCGCGAUCGGGAGGAAAAACGAUCUGGUGGAAAAAAUCGCCAGCUCGUACGUGGAAAACAACGAAGUGCUGUUGCACAUCGUGGACGAAUGUCCGCGGUCAUUCCACAUCGUCUACCUGGUCCGCCGAGACGUGCCGUUCAUACACGUCGUGGACCGCAUAAUCACCACGUUCGUAGAAAGCGGCAUCGUCAACAGUUGGUUUAUGCACGCGAAACCGUUCCGGCCGAUAUCCGAUUACCAUCAUCGGAAAGACCCGCACAAAGUGUUCACGUUCAAGAACGUGGUGAUCGCGUUCCUGUGCCUCAUGAUCGGACUGAUCGCGAGCGGUAUCGCUUUCGUCGCGGAGCUCGUCUACUUCCACAAGUUCGCCAGUCCGGAAAACUCGGCCGCCGACACACGCGGCCCGUUCCCGAGGAACAUAAUGUUAUUUUAUUCGGGGCCACGGCCGCCGAACGGGUUUGAACACGAGGCAAUGCCCCGACGCCAAUAAUAUUAUUAUGAUUAUAAUAACCAUAAUAUUAUUGUAAUACGAUUGUAUACGAUUAAUACGCGUGUAAUAUUAUUGUGUUUGAUUUCGCCUCGUGUAUAAUAUAAUAAUAUUGUAGCAUUAAUUUUAGCGUUCACCGUCAUAGAUGCUGUUGACAAAACAGAGUAGAUUUUAUGCACGGGUUAAUACCGUACUUGAUUAACACAUUAUAUUACUGAGAUUAGGUUCGUAACUCUGAAUAUUAUAUAAUAUUACUAAUAAUACUAUGUGAUCCGACCGAGGUCAAACAUAUUUUUAAAAUCAAAAAAUUAUAAAAUAUUAUAUCAUAUAAGAAUAAACUCUAAAGUAACAUGGAUUAACA